CAUGAUUCCUCCACUUCCACACCGUUGUCCAAUACGAGCGGUCCAUGUACUUCCAUCACUUUUUCGCUGAGCUUUUUUACCAGGGCUUCGAGCUCAGCCACCUUUUCAGCCAACACCGCACAAGAAGAGCACCCAAGUAGCGAUUCAGCUGAUACAGCGGAAUUAUUGGUGGGGACACCAACCAUGUCAUCAUUAGCCUCGGCACGAUCGUCCUCACAUUUGGAUGAAUCUUCUAGCAAUGCUGUGGCGGAAAUUGGGUUGUCAUCAAAGGUAGGAUUAAUCAGCGCCUGACCCAUGGAGCUGCUCUCAGAAGAAGCGGCAAUUUUCUCAUUGAGCUUGUCCUCGUAUUGAAGGUUCGCCGAAAUAUCACAAAUUUCAGCGGUGCUGAUCCAAUGAAGUCUGGAUCUGGGAUCGGUAUACUCUUCACGAAGUCGGUCCCGAAUAACGUCUACAUCAAGACCCAUCCGCAUAUAUCCUGCGACGAUAUUUUUGUCCGUGUUCGAGAGCGGGAGAUCAGGAGUGCUGAGCUUAUGAUUCAAGUGUCUUGUGCAGUACUUCACAAGGAUAGCACCGUCCUCAUAGAUGAACUCCUUCAGGAAUGAAGUACAGUAG